AUGAACCAAAUCAUUAUUAAUUUGAGAGAGGCUCAGAGAUUGUAUGAAUUUUACGAACAUAUGGUAGAUUAUUCUCUACCAGAGAUUUAUAAUUUCAAACAAGAGCUUUCAAUCGGUGAAAAUUUGAAUCAAUUAUCACUAUUUGGUUUAUCCCAAACUAUACCAACAUUUUAUGCAUUCAAGCCAAUAUUCCUUGAUUUAAUAGCUAGGUGGAUUGAAAAUCACAAAGGAUUUGAAUCAGAGUUUCUGAAAAUUUUUAAGGUUAAUCAUUUAGUCGAGGGAUCUAUCGUUUUACUGUCGUUAUCAAAAUUAAUAGGAAUCUCCAAUGAGUCUGUGAAUUUGAUUGAAUAUUUUUUAUCGAAUGUCAAUAUUUUAGAAGAUGUUGAAAAGAAUAUUAAUUCCAUUGAUCAUAAAGAAUUGGAGUCGAUUCUUUUGUCAUUCUAUAGAUUAGCAAAUCACGAUUUUUUCAAAUUCGGUAAGUUCAUCAAUCCUAGAAUACUUUAUACUAUAUUAUCGUCACAAACCUCAAACGUUGCUAAAUACUUGAGUAUCUUGGUCCUUUCAAUUUGCUUGCAGUCUUCAGAGGCGGUAUUACAAGAAAUGAUCGACCAGCAUACUACCACCGAUUUACAUGGUCUGUAUGAAGGUUAUGAUUUAGAUUACAAGUUUUUAAGCUUAUCCGAAGCUAAAAGAUUACAAAACUUCCACAAUUUAUCCAGAGUGGAAGGCACUUCUACCGUGGAAGAAUCAAAGUCCAUAAUUUUGCAACCAGGGGACUUAUCACCAUUAGUCACUUCUGUCUUUGGAGUCUUGGUACCUAACCUCACUAAGCACGUUCCAUUAGACUUGCCUGAAUUCGUUCCGACAAAAAAAUCGAUUGGAGUUUUGAGAAACCUUGCCUCUAAUAUUCAGAGAAAUCUUCCUACUAUGCUCCAUGGUCCUGCGGGUAGUGGAAAAACAUUCUUAUUUAAUCAGUUAUCAAGAUUGAUGGGAAACGAAAAUUCAAUAAUUAAAAUUCAUUUGGGUGAACAAACAGAUGCAAAACUAUUAUUGGGUACAUACUCUUCAGGUGACAAACCAGGUACAUUCAAAUGGCGAUCAGGGGUUUUGACAACAGCUGUUAAAGAAGGGAAAUGGGUCUUGGUCGAAGACAUCGACAAAGCACCAACCGAAGUUUUAUCUAUUUUGUUAACCCUUUUGGAAAAGAGACAAUUAAUCAUACCUUCCAGAGGGGAAGUAAUCAAAGCUCAUAAUAAUUUUCAAAUCGUUUCCACAAUAAGAAUGAGUGAUAAAGAUCAAUUACCUGAUUUAAUAGGUCUUAGAUUGUGGUCUUUAAUACAAGUUGAUGUCCCUAAUCAAUAUGAGCUAGUAUCCAUAUUAUCAGCAAAGUUUCCAUUGUUGAAGAAUUUGGUCAAAAAAUUCCUUGCCUGUUUCGAAGGAAUUCUGAAGAUUUAUUCCUCAAACCAAUUCAUCAGUUUGAACAAAGGUAGCCACCCAAGAACUGUUUCUGUGAGAGACUUGAUCAAAUUUUGCUCUCGUUGUGACAAGAUCUUGAAUAACAAUAGUAUCACGAGUGCUGACGAAUUAAUGGAAACAUCUGUUUUCGACCAGUUUUUCCAAGAGGCUAUCGACUGUUUCGGUUCUUCUCUCACAGAUUACAACGCAUUAAUACCUUUAAGCAAUAUCAUCGGAGAACAUCUCGAAGUAGCUCCAUCCAGAAUCAACCUUUUCCUCACAAAGCAUGUUCCACAAUUUUUUGACGACGAUGAAAGUUUGAAAGUUGGAAGAGCAGUUUUAAAUAAGUCCAACAUUGACAAUACGUUGAACAAAUUCAAGAAGUCGAGUAACAUCACUGCCUUUGCAAGAACAAAUCAUUCAUUGAGAUUGAUGGAACAAAUUUCAGUUUCUGUAGAAAUGACAGAGCCUGUUUUGUUAGUGGGAGAAACUGGUACGGGUAAAACCACAGUGGUGCAACAAAUCGCCAAACUCAUGAACAAGAAAUUGACAGUCAUCAACGUUUCACAGCAGACCGAAUCAGGAGAUUUACUUGGUGGAUACAAACCAGUAAACACUAAAAUCAUUGCAAUCCCGCUUCAAGAAAUAUUCGAAAACUUGUUCAUCACUACAUUUUCUAAAAGGAAGAAUGAAAAAUUUUCUUCCAUUUUAACCAAGGUUUUCAAUAGAGGUCAAUGGAAGAAUGUGAUCAAAUUAUGGAAAGAAGCUGUCAAAAUGUCCAAAGAAUUGUUAAACAAAGAAAUCGAAUCUGAUAAUGAUGAAUUUACAGGUAACGGAGACCAGCCAAAAAAGAAACGUAGAUUGAGAUCACACGAACGUAAAAUUCUUUUGGACAAAUGGGUUGAGUUUGAGCACAAAGUCAAGGAGUUUGAAAUACAGUCAAAUUCUUUGGACAACAGCUUUGUUUUCAAUUUCGUUGAGGGUUCAUUAGUGCAAGCUAUAAGGAAAGGUGAUUGGUUAUUACUCGAUGAAAUUAAUUUAGCAUCUUCUGACACUUUAGAAAGUAUUGCUGAUCUUUUGGAUGAGUCCGUAGAUCAAAGAUCUAUAUUAUUAAGUGAAAAAGGUGACAUAGACCCCAUUAAAGCCCAUCCUGAUUUCAGAAUAUUCGGUUGUAUGAAUCCUUCCACUGACGUAGGUAAGAAGGACUUACCCUUGAGUAUAAGGUCCAGAUUCACUGAAAUAUAUGUCCAUAGUCCCGAUAGGGAUAUCAAUGACUUAUUGUCAAUCAUUGAUAAAUAUAUCGGUAAGUAUGCCAUCUCAGAUGAGUGGAUAGGACAAGAUAUUGCUGAAUUAUAUUUGGAAGCCAAAAACUUAUCUGAAUCCAAUAGAAUAGUGGAUGGUGCAAAUCAAAAACCUCAUUUCAGUAUUCGUACAUUAACAAGAACCUUACUAUACGUUGUCGAUAUUGUGUCGAUCUAUGGACUCAGAAGGUCUUUAUAUGAAGGUUUUUGUAUGUCCUUUUUGACUUUGUUAGACUUGAAGUCCGAAAGCUUGUUGAAACCCGUGAUAGAGAAAUAUACUAUUGGUAAAUUGAAAAAUCAAAAGUCAGUGAUGAAACAAUUGCCUCCGUGUCCCAGCAAGAAUACGGAGGAAUAUGUACAAUUCAGACACUACUGGAUGAAACAUGGUCCCGAAAAAUCAAUUCCACAACCACAUUACAUUAUAACUCCAUUUGUGGAAAAGAAUAUGUUGAAUCUUGUUAGAGCUACUGCUGGAAGAAGGUUUCCAGUUUUGAUUCAAGGUCCCACGUCUGCUGGUAAGACUUCAAUGAUUCAAUACUUAGCCAACAUUACCGGUCACAAGUUCGUACGUAUCAACAAUCAUGAACACACCGACUUACAGGAAUAUCUUGGUACUUAUGUUUCCGAUUCCACCGGUAAAUUAGUUUUCAGAGAAGGUAUAUUGGUGGAAGCUAUCAGAAACGGUUACUGGAUUGUAUUGGAUGAAUUGAAUUUGGCCCCUACAGAUAUUUUGGAAGCUUUGAAUCGUUUGUUAGAUGAUAAUAGGGAAUUAUUUAUACCAGAAACUCAAGAGGUUGUUCACCCUCAUCCAGAUUUCAUGCUUUUCGCUACACAGAAUCCUCCUGGUAUAUACGGUGGUAGAAAAAUGCUUUCGAGAGCUUUCCGAAACAGAUUCUUGGAAUUACAUUUUGAUGACAUUCCUCAAGACGAACUAGAAAUCAUUUUAAAAGAAAGAUGUAAAAUCGCCCCUUCUUAUGGUAAACGAAUUGUUGAAGUCUAUAAACAAUUGACCAUUCAAAGACAGUCAACAAGAUUGUUUGAACAGAAAAAUUCUUUUGCUACAUUAAGAGAUUUAUUCAGAUGGGCAUUGAGAGAGGCUGUUGGAUACGAAGAGUUGGCAGCCAAUGGUUAUAUGUUGUUGGCUGAGAGAGUCAGAAAGCCUGAUGAAAAAUUAAUCGUCAAACAGACCAUCGAGAAAGUAAUGAAGGUCAAAUUGGAUAUGGACAAAUACUAUGAGAGUUUAGAGGACAAAGCUUUACUUGAAUUUAAUACAGGUAAUUCCAUUGUUUGGACUAAAGCCAUGAGAAGACUAGCAGUUUUGGUAUCUAUAUCCAUCAAGUAUAAUGAACCUUUGUUAUUAGUGGGUGAAACAGGAUGUGGUAAGACUACUGUAUGUCAAACCAUAGCUGAGUUCUCAGGCAAAAAAUUAGUCACAGUAAAUGCCCACCAGAAUACAGAGACCAGUGAUAUACUAGGUGCUCAAAGGCCAGUGCGUAACAGAUUUGAAAUCAGAAGUAGAUUAUACAACAACCUUUCCAUGGCUUUUGGACAAUUGGAUAUCGUUCUCCUGUUGGGUGAACUCAAGCUUGAUAAUUUGAUUGCCAGAUUCGAUCAAGUGGAAGACUACAGUCCUGUAGACAAAGAAAUUUUGGAGGCUAUUGAAGCCGACAAAGUCAAUUGUAAAAUCUUGUUUGAAUGGAGUGAUGGGCCAUUGGUACAUUCGAUGAAGGAAGGUCAAUUUUUCUUAUUGGAUGAAAUCUCUCUUGCUGACGACUCUGUGUUGGAAAGAUUGAAUUCUGUAUUGGAACCAGAAAGAAGUUUGUUGUUGGCUGAAAAAGGUACCGAUGAUGCUUUCAUAGUUGGUCACAAAGAUUUUCAAUUCUUGGCUACUAUGAAUCCAGGUGGUGAUUACGGUAAGAAAGAACUUUCACCGGCCUUGAGAAAUCGUUUUACGGAAAUUUGGGUCCCUUCUAUGGAAGAUUUUGACGAUGUUACUCAAAUUGUUCAAAACAAAUUGCAUGAUUCGGUUUCUCAAUUGUGUCAACCUUUGGUUGAAUUUUCCGAAUAUUACGGAAAGAAGUUUGGUGCAGGAAACAUCACCUCCGGUAUAAUUUCUUUACGUGACAUCCUCGCGUGGGUUCAAUUCAUCAAUGCUUGUGUUGAAAAGUCGAACAUCGAUGUGGAUACAGCAUUUUUACAUGGAGCUGCGAUGGUGUUUAUCGACUCGCUAGGAACUAACAAUACGGCUUAUUUAGCUGAGAACGAAGUCAACUUGAACAAAGAAAAGUUUUCUUGUGUUAAAAAGCUCGGUGAACUUGUGAAUAAGGAUUUGUCCUUAUUAUAUAAAUCGGAGUUUAAGGUAUCUUUAUUCGGCGACCUGUUGAAUGCAGGGCUGUUUUCAAUACCAAGAAUAUGUAAAGAUCCGGUAGAUGAUUUCUUGUUGAGCGCUCCUACCACUUCAGCCAACGCAAUGAGGGUGAUUAGGGCCAUGCAGGUUCACAAACCAAUUCUUUUGGAAGGGAGUCCUGGAGUCGGUAAAACCAGUUUAAUUUCAGCGAUAGCCAAAGCUACCGGUAAUACAUUAAUACGUAUCAAUUUGUCAGAACAGACAGAUUUGGUGGAUUUGUUUGGUUCAGAUUCACCUGCUGAGGGCGGAAAGACUGGUGAAUUCGUAUGGAGAGAUGCUCCCUUUUUGAGGGCAAUGCAAAAAGGGGAAUGGGUAUUGUUAGAUGAAAUGAACUUGGCUUCUCAAUCAGUUUUAGAAGGGUUGAAUGCUUGUCUUGAUCAUAGAGGUGAAGCAUACAUACCUGAACUAGACAAAGCAUUCACUUGUCAUCCUGAUUUCACUGUCUUCGCUGCUCAAAAUCCCCAAUAUCAAGGUGGAGGCAGAAAAGGAUUACCAAAAUCUUUUGUUAACAGAUUUACAGUCGUUUACGUGGACAUUUUGAAAAAGGAAGAUUUAAGUUUGAUCUCUCAACACUUAUACCCGAAUGUUGAUCAAGAAAUUGGAAAAAAGAUGAUAGAUUUCAUGAGUGAAUUAGAAAAGGAAGUAAUCGUGCAGAAAAAAUGGGGAUCUUCAGGUGGCCCUUGGGAGUUCAAUUUACGUGAUACUCUAAGAUGGUUGGAAUUAUUUAAUUCAAACUCGAUCUUUGAAAAUUUAACUGCUUCGGAUUUCUUUGGAAUGAUUAUUCGUUACAGAUUCAGAAGCCCAGAAGAUCAAAAAAAUGCCAUCUUGCUUUUUGAAACAAUCUUUGGAAAAUUGAACAGAAGAGACAAUUAUUUUAACAUCACAGACAGAUAUGUUCAAGCUGGUGCUGCUGUAAUCAACAAGUCAGAAUUAGUGAAAUUCAAUCAAGGUACCAAUUCUAUUCCAUUACAAUGUAACUUCAAAUUUUUAGAGGCAGCUAUUCACUGUGUGAAUCACAAUUUGCCUUUAAUUUUAACAGGUCCAUCCAAUUCAGGUAAAACUGAAUUAGUAAGAUUUUUAGCUAAAACAGUUGGAGCUAAAUUGAAUGAGUUUGCUAUGAAUAGUGAUGUUGAUAGUAUGGAUAUUUUAGGUGGUUACGAACAAGUUGAUUUGACCAGAGGAAUUUCCGUUAUUACUUCCAAGUUAAAAUCGAUUUUGCAAGAGCUAUUACUUUUGAACUUAAAGAUUUCUACUAGCGAGCCCAUGAUUUUGAAGCAAGCCUUGGAAUUAUUCGGUUACAUUGAAAACAAUGAUAUCAACUUGAAUAAUUUUCACGAGGUACACCAGUUUUUGAAAUCAUUCUUGUCCAUAUAUUCCAAUGAAGAAUUGAAAAGUUUGAACCAAGACUGUGCCAAAUUGUUAGAAAAGAUGGAUGAAGAUUCUUCUGUUAAGUUUGAAUGGUUUGAUGGUUUGUUAGUCCAAGCUGUCGAGCAGGGUUACUGGUUGAUCUUGGACAAUGCUAACCUUUGUAGCCCUUCAGUGUUGGAUAGAUUGAACUCAUUAUUAGAAGUCAACGGAUCCUUAAUAAUAAAUGAGUGUAGUUCAAAAGACGGACAGCCCAGGAUUUUGAAGCCUCAUCCUAACUUCAGAUUGUUCUUAACCGUUGAUCCGAAAUAUGGAGAGUUAUCUCGUGCUAUGCGUAACAGGGGUAUUGAGUUGUAUAUGGAUUCCUUGCAUACCCGAUCAACAGCAUUUGAUAAAAGACAGCUCGGAAUUUUUGAAAUCAAAACUGAGACUGAUGUGGUUGAUCGAUUUUCUGAUUUAAGGGUCGAAGACAAUGUUCAUGAUUAUCCUCUUGCAGGAUUUUUUUCUCCUAUCUUUUCAUUUGAAAGGUGUUUUGUCAACUUAACAGACAUCCAGAAUGACAAAUAUUCGAGUGUUAAAGCUGAUAAUUUGAGCGGAUUAGUUCAAUUCAAUUCAUUGAGUGAAUUCAGCAAAUGGACUGCUUUCGUAACCGCUUCCAAGGAAUAUUCGUCAGUUCAGGCUGAGUAUGCAAGCCAAAUCCAAUCUAGAAUCGAAUUUUUAGAGGAAACCGGGGUUUUAGGGUCUUUGACUAGAAUUUUUGGGGAAGUAACCCAAAGGUUGGGAGAAGUCAAAGAGGAAUUCCUUUCUUUCCAGAGUUUGAAUAUUUUGUUGAAUUCAACUUUGAUGAACAGAGAAACUACUGAACCGAUUUAUAUGUUCCAGGUUUCAUCUGGUAUUUUGAACUGUCAAACCGUCAUUCAACGAGUUGAACAGAAGGCUAUGAGCGGUAACUUGAGUGACUUGUCAUACAUUGAGAGGUCUGCUGCUAUGUCAUUGGGAAGAGCAAUCAAAAAUAAACCAAGAUUGAACGUUUAUGCAUUUUCACUAGCAAUUGCGAACUACGUACGUGAAGUAUUCAUCAACAUAUCCGGAAACAAUAUUUACAAAGAUGAUAAGGUCUAUCACUCAUUGUAUCAACUUCUUGUUAUAUGGAAUAGUUUAACAGAGUCAUCUCAUAAACAAAAUGAGUCCCAGUUAAGAGUCUACAGAGAUCUUGUGUCAUCUUGGUGUCAAGAAAACUCCGGAAUCCGACCAAUUCACGAUUCUAUAGCUUCACUAACUGCUGCCGUUGAGCAUUUUUCGAUUUCCUUCGACCUUUCUACUGGUUUCUUCAUGGAAACAAUCUGGGAGAAUUUUAGAUCAAAAUAUCCUAACAGUUUAGAAAAUUGGGAAAAGGCUAUUGAAUUAAUGAAAGUAUUCGAUGAAUUCGAUUGUGUUGCACAAAAGCAAAGUCUCGGUUCUUUGGACCAAGUGUGUACCUUCCAAAGAUCCUUGAUACAACUUUACGAUACUGUUUUAGAGGGAAGUGUGUCAAGUGAUGAAUUUGAAGUAAUUAUUGAAGAUUUGAAAAGCGGCAUAGAGAAAUUGAAACUUAUAGUUCAGAAUUUCACUGUUGAAAGAAGAAAUGAUUUCAUUGGAGAAUUUGAGUUGAUGUCAAUGUUCAAUCAAUUAAAUGAUUCAGUCUUGAACAGAGGGACCAAUGAAGAUUUGAUCAAAUUGUCUUCAUUAUCGGGAAGGCCUACAUCACAAUUCAUUAAAUCAAGACAUGAUAGGUUGUUCAUUCCCUACCCUCCAAUUUUAGACAAUAUCUGCAAAUUCGAUAAUGGACAUCACUCUUUGAUCCCUCAGUUAUUUGAUGACAGCUUUGCAAAGAUGAUUUCAAAAAAAUCCAGCAAAUUCAAUCAAACUUCUGGAAAAUUUUUGCAAAUGAAAUUGGACGACAUGAAGUAUUUCGUCAAGUCAUUGUUGAACAAUUCAGAGAAUGUUUCUUCCAAUGUCAAAUCUAAUUUUGCUCAUUUAUUAAUCUCAUGGAUUUUAGAGAUCGUAAAAUCCAGUCAAGAAAAUAAAGAUUAUAUUGAAUUCAUGUCCAAAUUAUCGUCCCAAGACAUAUUAGAUCACUCAGAGAAUAUGAACACCCUAGAAGAACUAAUUGAAGAAUUUUCGGGUCCAGCAGCUGAUUGUUUCAGGAAAUUUUUUGUACCUUCCUUGAAAAUUAUUGUCAACUCCUGUUCCAAGGGAAAUUUGGGUAAGGCUUACAUCUUAUUUGCUUGUGGUGCUAUACAAUUAUAUUUACCAAGUUCAGCUUUUGAUCCUGCAAUCAAGGAGCACGUCCUUUACAAUAAAUAUUUGACUCAAAUAGAACUUUCCAAAGAAUUGAUAGAUACCUGGAAGGAUAUAAACAUCGUACUCAACGGUGAUGAGGAUACAUUGGCCCUAAGGUUAUUGAAUGAGGAAGAAGUGCCAGAGUUGCCAGAAAAGCCUAGAGUUUUCAGGGAUAGUCCUGUGGAUGGCCUUUUCGAAGAAUGGAAAGCUUUCAUGGACUCCACCAUUAGCGCCGAACAGGUAGAAGGUUUGAUGAAGUCCGCCGAAGUAUUGAAUGAAGAAUCAGAGCAAUUAUUACUUAUGUUCCAAAAUAAUUCUUCCCAAUUUGUCUACAGAAUGGACAAAAACUUCAGCCUUUUUGCUGAUUUAAAUGAUAUCUUGAAGGGUUACAUUUUUGCUUUGAAAAUCGGUUUCGACUUGAUUUCAGUAGAAAAUGACGAAUCAAAUAGAUAUGAAACUGAUUUGUUAUCCGUGAAUAACCCCUCCAAGCUAGCUUCUUUUGCUAAGGUCGAAAAAAUGUUCGAUGAUUUCAAAGACUUCUCCAAGAAACAAGGUAUAGAAUCUACUAUAAAUGAAAAGGUCAUGAUAUAUUUCAUGAAAAUCUUCCUUGCACAUGGUGUUGAUAUUUCUGGCGAGAUGAUCAAUCAAUCUUUACAGUCAAUUUAUUACAGAUGGACAUUACGUAAAUUGAAAGAGACGGAAUAUCAUAUGCAGAAGGACAGUUUAUAUAAAUUCAACGAUCCAGAUGCUGAUAUUGAGGGAGACUUUAAGUUAUUAUUCCCAGAUUUCGAAGAUGUCAUAGAUGCUGAUAUUUCAGGAGUUAAGAAUAAUCAAUCCUUUAGUGAAAUUUAUUACAACCUAGCUAAAUCUUACAUAUCUGCUAUGGGAGAUAAGGAACAAAUAGACAUGAAUGAGUUGAUUACUGAAGGAAGUCAAUUGGUUGAGGAUUUAUCGGAGCAUGGUGACAAAUUCAAAGGAGAGUACAAUAGUGUUUCGAAUUUGGUGGCCUCAAUUCAUGCUUUUGGGGAAGCUUACGGAAAGUUCUCUCAGGUUCAAGAAAGCACAUUUGAUUUCUACAGGGAGUCCUCCCCAAGAGAAACCAGAAGGGCUAUCGAUAUCUUGGAUAAUAUUAUAAGUUUCACUAAUAAACUAUUGAUAGAGUGGCCAGAACACGCUACCUUGAGAGAUAUUGUCAGAGUUUGUAAUGAGUUCUUGGAUUACCCAUUAAAUAUGCCUAUAGCCAGACAGCUUCAAAAAAUUGAACAGAUUUAUACUUUCAUCUCAGAAUGGGAGAAAUAUGCACAUUCCAAAAUAUCAUUGAAAACCUACUUUGACCAAUUGACAGACCUCAUUGUGUCAUGGAGGAGAUUAGAAUUGUCAACAUGGAAAGAAUUGUUCAAUCAUGAAGAUCACGCAUUGGAAAUCAAUAUUGGAUCAUGGUGGUUUCAUUUAUUUGAAACCAUCGUACUUCCUUUAGGCUCCGAGGAACAAGACCUCAAUUUGGGUAGCUUAUUGAGCGCUCUUCACAUUUUUAUGACCCAAACAAGCUUCGGUGAAUUUAAGUUGAGGUUGUCGCUCCUCAGGGCUUUUAGAGAACAUGUGGUUAUUAUUGAAGGAAAAGGUGAGACUUUCCAUGCUAUUUCGAAUUUCAUAACUUACUAUAAACAGUUUGUGGACAACAUUGAUGAAAAAAUAAGAAACGAAAGGAAAAAAUUAGAGAAGGAUAUCAAUGAAGUCAUACUUUUGGCAAGCUGGAAGGACGUGAAUAUUGACGCUCUUAAGCAAAGUGCCAGAAAGUCCCAUAAUAGUCUUUACAAGAUUGUCAGAAAAUACAGAAGCUUACUUGCUACACCUGUUUCUUCACUUAUUGAACAAGGGGUCCCUGAAGGAUCCUCUUCUAUUGAAGUAGUCAACUUGAAACAGGUAGUAGGAUCGACUUCAGAUAUGAAAGAAGUGAAGGAAAUUUGUUGUCGAGUAUCCACUUGGAAUGAAAGACCAAAGCGUUUGCAGGAUAUCUCCAUCAUUGAUAAUAAUAUGAGUAUCUAUGUCAAAAAUAUUACAGAAGAGGAGUUACCUUCUUUGUAUGAAUUUGCCAAAGAAAUUUUAGAAGAUUCUGAGAAGCUCAGAAAGGAGACUCCUACCGUUCAUAAAGAAGAAACCAAAAAACUCAUCGCCUCAUUGAAAAACCAAAAGGCGAAACUUUUGAGUAGCUCAUUAAAAGAGUUCAGAAGAAUAGGAUUGAAAACCACUGCUAAAGCUGAAAUCAAAGCAGUACAGACAAGCAGUAAUCAUGUUUUGGCUAACAGUGUUUCUUUUACUGACACCUUGAUGGAAGGGGCAGAUGGCUAUUUCUUCAGAAUGGUUGAUAUUUUACCCAGAUUGAAAUCUUCCAUGACUCAAUUACCAGAAGAUGUACCUCAACCGGACUUGGAAAGAGGUUUUGCUGUUGCUGAAAAUAUCAUACAUGCAUUGAUCAUUGGCCGUAAACCAUUACUCAACUUGUCAAAGUCCAUGGAAAAAAUUACUGGCUCAGUAGAAUCUUUGGAAUUAGUAUCGUCUUUAUAUGAUUCUAACGACAAACUUAGUAGAGUUUCUGUCAAUGGAUCGAUUAAUUCAAAUCUCAAGGUCAUUGGGAAUAUAUUGAAUUGGUUACCAAGGCUCAUGAAUUUUUCUAUCGAAAGUUUGGAAUUAUCGAAGACGUUCACCAAUACAAUCACUAGCAAUCAAUUCUCAAGUUUGCAAAGUAAAUUGUCAUCAUUGGAAGCCGAAUACAAAAAUUCAAAUGAGGUAUCCACCGAUGUAACUACUGGCUUUAUCACGAAUUUCCAGAAUUUCAUUUUGGACUUCAAACGCCAAUUAUAUGAUUUUAAAAUCGGAAACGAAAACUUUGGAUUCUUUACUCAAGUGAUUUUAGAUUGGCUUGAACAUGAAAAUAUCGAUUUGUUUGUAGACUCCUCAACUUCGAUUGUUGAAAUUAAGGUAGUGGAGGACAUCGAAUUAUCAUUAAGAAACUUGACAAAUAGUAUAAUUAUUGUUAUGCAAAAAGUGGUGGACAUUCAAAAAGAAGAAUUCAUCGAAAAUGAUGAUGACUGGUUCCAAGUUAUCCAGAAAAGGAUUUCGAGUUAUAUAAAAUCUACCCACCAUAGAAAUAUUGAGGCAAGAAUUGCUUCUUUGAUCGAUAUGAUACAAAAGAUUGAAUAUAAUUCUGAAACUUCCAGAAUCGUUUCAGCAUUGACCGCAUUUUCCAUCCCAAUAAUUAAACAUUAUCUCCAAUUAAUGAAUUCUGUGUUCUCGAAUGCCAGACAGAACUACAUUGAUAAUUCACAUGGUGCAUAUAUCCUCAUUUCAAUUCUUUACAAUUUAUCAACUAAAGGAUUUUGUUCACCUGAAGCUCCUUCAGAGGAGAAGACAGAUGACAAUUUACAAGAUGGUACAGGAUUAGGUGAUGGUGAAGGUGCCACGAACAAUUCUAAGGACGUUGAAGAAGAUGAAGAUCUCAGUGAACAAGCCCAAACCGAUAACAAAGAGAAAGAUAAAGAUGGAGACGAAGAUGAAAACGACGAUGCUGUCGACAUGGAGGGUGAUAUGGCGGGAGAUUUAGAAGAUGCAUCAGACCAAGAUGAUAGUGACGAUGAAAAUGAGGAUGAAGGAGAAGAUAUGGACGAACAAAUCGAAGAUAUUGAUGACUUGGAUCCCAACGAAAUAGAUGAAAAGAUGUGGGAUGAAGAGGCCAAAGAGAAUGACAAAGAAAAGGAUUCUGACCAAAUGCCAAAUUCUAACAAUCAAGAUGAUAUGGUUGCAAAUGAAGAUGAUGAAAAUAAGAAAGACAAUAAUACAGAGGAUAAUAAAAAUGAUACAAACGAAGAGAAUGACAAUGACGAAAAUGAUGAGAAUGACGGUGAAGAUGAAAAGGACGUUGGUGAACAAGAAGAUGACAUCAAACACGAAGAUGAAAAUAACAAAAUGGAUGAUCAUGUUCCUGAUGCUGAAGCAUUGGAUUUACCAGAAGACAUGAAUUUGGAUGACGAAGAAGACGAUCAAAAAAAUGAUGAUGAUGAUGGAGAUGACAACCAGUUUGAUCUAGAAGAAGAAAAAAAGCCCAACGAAGAACAAGAAGAUGAAGGACCAGAAAAUGAAAACGAAGCAAAUCACGAGGACAUUGAAAUGAAAGACGGCGAUGAAGAAGAUGAGUCGGCAGAUAUUGAAAAUGAAGGAGGUGAUAUGGACGAAGAUGACGAUGGAGAAGAGCAAGAAGAAGGUGGGCAAGACAAUGAAGCGGGUGAAGAUGCUAUAGAAUCUGAAGAUGAAGCGGUCGACAACAAAGAUCAAGAAGAGAAAGAAAGUGGAGGUGAUCAAGAUGAGAAAGAAACCGCAGAAGGAGUCGAAGGUGCUCAAACCGAAGAAGCCCAAGAUGAUGUAGAUAUCGAAUCAGCUGUCAAACAAGAAUCGGGUGAAAAGGGUGAAGGUGCUGAUAAUCAAGUAAUAGAAGAACAAGAUGAUUUGGGAGCUACAGGUGCAUCUUCAACUACCCAAGCCCAAGAUCAGGAAAACCAAGACGAAGCACCCAAAAAUGACGAAUCCAACGAAAUGGCAAGAGAAUCGAUCAAAGAAUUAGGUGAUUCAUUGAAAGAAUUCCAUCGUCGUCAUCAAGAAAUUCAGCAAGCUUCCAACGAGACUGAAGAAGAAGUGGACCAAAAGGCUAAUGAAAGACCAGACGAGUUCGAACACGUUAAUGGUGCAAAUACCAAUUCAGAAACACAAGCCUUGGGUUCUGCAGACAAAGAACAAAUGCAAUCCAUUGAUGAAGAUAAAGCUAUUGACGAUGAAAUGGAAGACAUUCAAGAGAAGGGAGAUCCCGAGAUCAAACAGGAGGCUGAAGUUGUUAAGGAUGCAAUGGACGUCGACGAGAACGUUCAAGAAUCAAAUGAAAAUGACCCUGAAGCCGAUUUUGAAGGAAAGACAAAAGGUGGGUUCAUCAAUGAUAGGUCGAAGGUCAAAGAAGAAGAAAGUGGUGCUAUGUUUAAUGAAUUCGAAGAUUUUGAUAUGAUAGAGGAAUUUAAUGCUGAUAUAGCUGAUGUCAACAUAACUUCAAAUGAUGAAGUGGGAAUGUCUUUGGAUGUGGCUCGUGACCUCUGGCGUCAAAGUGAAUUGGCAACACAAGAACUUGCUUCUGGUUUAUCAGAACAAUUGAGGUUGAUUCUUGAACCAACUUUAGCUACCAAAUUGAAAGGUGACUACAAGACUGGUAAGAGAUUGAACAUGAAGAGAAUCAUCCCAUAUAUUGCUUCCGAAUUCCGUAAAGAUAAAAUUUGGUUGAGAAGAACGAAACCUUCAAAGAGACAGUAUCAAAUUAUGAUUGCUGUGGACGACUCUAAAUCUAUGAGUGAAAGUAAAUCUACUGAAUUAGCUUUCAAUAGUAUUGCUUUGGUAACCAAAGCCUUGACACAGUUGGAAAGUGGUGGGUUAUCUAUUGUCAGAUUUGGAGAGGAUGUCAAGGUUGUACAUGGGUUCGAUAAACCUUUCAACAACCAAGAAACCGGUGCAAAGAUUUUCCAGUAUUUUGAUUUCCAACAAACUAAGACUGAUAUCAAGAAUCUUGUCAAUAAAUCUUUGAAAAUUUUCGAAAAUGCUAAAAUCAGCAGUAACAAUGAUUUAUGGCAAUUGCAAAUUAUCUUAUCGGAUGGAGUAUGCGAGGACCAUUCUACCAUACAAGCAUUGGUAAGAAAAGCAAGAGAAUCAAGAAUCAUGCUUGUUUUCGUUGUAAUUGACGGUAUUAAUUCCAAUGAAUCUAUAAUGGACAUGUCUCAAGUUAAAUAUGAAUUUGAUGACAAUGGAAACAGUGUAUUGAAGGUCGACAAAUAUCUUGACAGUUUCCCAUUCGAAUUCUAUGUUGUUGUGAAUAAUAUCAACGAACUUCCUGAAAUGCUUUCAAUUAUUUUAAGACAGUACUUCACGGAAAUUGCAUCAGUUAAUGCUUGA